AUGAUAUAUGUCUUGAAUAAUAAUACCUGUUUUAGUAGUGUUGUUAUCCCGAAAUUGUUUGACGAUAAUCCCGAUAUAUUUAGACAAACGCCACAACUUAUCGAAUCACGUGGUUUUCAAUCGGAAACCCAUACCGUAACCACUGGUGACGGCUAUAUACUACGGGUGUUUCGUAUAGUCAAUCAUAGUCUACGUAGGAGUGGCCGCCAACCGAAACCCGUACCUAUCAUACUAUGGCACGGUGUGGCCGUAACAUCUGAUUCGUGGCUAUUUUCGACAAACGGCCGACUGGACAGCGAAACGGGAUUGUAUCGGGAAUACCAAUAUCGGGACAACCCUAUAGUCAAUGAUUGCGAAACAAAUGUUACGUCAACCCUGGCUUAUACAUUGUCGGCCUGUGGUUAUGAUGUAUGGCUACCCAAUACAAGGGGUACACACUAUUCACUUGGUCAUCAAUCGAUGGAUUCAACUACCGAUCCACACUAUUGGCAAUAUACACUAACUGAACUAGGUCUAUAUGACAUACCGGCAGUGGUCAGGUAUGUCAUGCAAGCUACUGGUGCUGAUUAUAUCACAUACAUUGGUCAUUCACUGGGAACGGCAUCCAUGUUUGUAUUGCUAUCAUUGGUACCUGAUUUUCAACAAUUUAUUAGGCCAUUCAUAGCCUUGGCACCCAUAGCCUACUUGGGUCACAUCGAAAGUAUUGGUCGACUGGGCGUUCCCUUAGAGCCAUUGCUAAAACUAUUUCCAGCACCACUGGGCAUACCUGUGCCCAUAGCCCAACUGAUUGGUGUAUUUGUUUGCGGCAAUCAAUUUCUAGUCGACUUAUGCGCCGACAUUUUCUAUGCCGUCAAUGGCUAUGAUGCGCAAAAUUUUAACAGGUCUAUAGUACCGGUAGAUGCAGCCCAUUCAGCUGCAACUGUAAGCACCUGGGUUUACGCUCACCUGGCACAGUUAGUUGUCAGCAAACGUUUCCGUAUGUUUGACUAUGGACUGACAGAAAACGGUAGGCGCUAUGGUAGCAGUGGUGGUGGUGGAGGCCAGUCAUUACCGCCCAGUUAUCCAUUAGGUAAUAUAACAUCGAGAAAUAUUGCACUGUUUCGUGGACUAAAUGACUUACUGGCCGACAAUCAGGACGUCCAGCUACUUGUCCAACAAUUGAAUGUACCAUUAUUGGACAAUUAUCUGGUACCUGACCCUAAAUGGAAUCACCAAGAUUUUCAAGUAGGAACCAACCAAGGUUAUUUUGUUAACAAUAGAAUUUUAACAAUAUUAAGACAAUAUGAUUAA